AUGGGCGACCUAGGGCUGGUGGACUGCUGGAGAGCGCUCAAUCCGGAUACCAAAGACUAUACCCACUACAAGGCACUCCACGGCCGCUACUUGCGGAUUAAUUACAUACUACUCCAACAGGAAGGCCUGUCGCGACUACAGACGGCCACUAUUGACCCCACCAUGUGGUCGGACCACGGCCCGGUAACUGUGGAACUGGAAUCAGCACUAUUUAAACCGGCACAAUGGACCUGGCAUCUGAACGAGUCCUUACUCCAGGACCCCGAGGUGAAGGGGGAAAUCACACAAGCCCUCGACCUUUACUUCCAGGAAAAUGAUGUGGCAGACACAUCUCCAAUAAUGCUCUGGGAAGCUCACAAGAGUGCCAUCCGUGCCACUCUUAUAAGAAUAGCUUCCUGCAGAAGGAAGGCAACUAUGCAGCAAAUGGCGGAACUGUAUGGAACCAUCUUGAAGCUGGAACUCCAGCACAAACGGACCCAGCUCGACAACAUACAAAAGGACCUGACGGACGCCCGACAUCAACUGAGAGACCUUAUCAUGAGAAGAUACCACCGCUCCCUACAACACUCCAAAAAUUUCUUCUAUAUCCAUGCAAACAAGGGUGGCAAAUACUUGGCCCGCAUCCUGAAAGGCGACACCCCUUGCACACGGGUACACAAAAUAUGCCUCCCAUCAGGGAACACGUCCCAGUUUCCAUUGCGAACAAAUUCCGAUGAUACUACCACGUCUUAUACAAUCUACCUGUCCCUGGAGAUACAACGCUGGGGCAACACAACCCCACACCCACUCAAGACUAUUUACAUAACAACGUAG